CUAAGCCAAACUCCGUUAAUCAGAACAUAUCAGCCGCCGGACGACCAAAGACGUAUUGCUGAAGCUACAUCAACCAGUGACGGACUUCUGUGUUUCUGCGGCUGGGUGUAUAGGCGCCAGGAGCCGGGAAGAUGAGUGAUGAAGCCUCUCUAAGCCAAACUCCGUUAAUCCGGAGACGUCAUCCGCCGGACGACCAAAGUGACAGUUCAGGCUCCAUAACAAUGUGUUCCAAGGAACACUGGAGAGAACAGUUCCGGUGUUCCAGCUUUGGACUAGAGUAUCCACAACCACAUCAUUUUACCAAACUUGAGUGGGGCUGGCCGAAGGCGUACUUGUGUUGGCGCGGUGUUGUUGCUGCCUACCACGUCGUCAUGAUCAUCGUAACGGGGUUCUGUGACAGACACACGUGGACGAGGACCGAAGAGGACAGCAUCAAGUGGUUCAUCUAUCUCACAAACUGGAUGUUCUUCCUUCUGACGUUUUCCACUCUGAUUAACUUUGUUGCAGUGGGCUACUGUCACCUUGUGAGGAAAGACAUCAUUAGUGGUGGAAUCAAACGUAUGCCUCUGUUUCUCAAAGUGACCUGGGUUUCCCAGAACGUGAGCAAUGCCUGCAGUGUGCUGGUGACGAUCAUGUUCUGGACACUGAUAUAUUCACCUGGAAAGUCCGUCUCAGAUGUUGACUUCAUCACUCAUACCGGCAACACCACGUACGUCAUCAUCAACCUCUGUAUUGCAGCGUCUCCUGUAAGGUUUCUCCAUUUCUUCCAACCCCUCAUCGUGGCGGUCACCUUCACCAUCUUCUCCGCGGUGUACCAAGCUGCAGGCGGGACCAAUGGCCUCGGCGCCAGUGCUAUAUACCCUGGAUUGGACUGGUCAGCUGACCCGGGUGGUACGGCAUUGGUAUAUUGUGUGAUCAGCUUUAUUGGCGUGCCAGCUGUGCAGUUCCUCAUCAUGUUGAUCGCCAUGGUCAAAGGGACUUUGUUGGGAAGACUUAGACAUUCCUCUGUAGAGGAGGAGGUAGGGAUGGAUGAAGGUAUAGGUUUGAGUGAAGACUAAUGGGUCAGUCAAAGAUGUGUAGGGGUUGUAGCUGUGACUGUCCAUGCAUGUGACCCCAACAAGCACUCAUGCUGUGUCUGACAUUGCACAUUGCCGAACAGAAAUAUUACACCAUUUGCGAAUUUCAAUUAAUUACAUUGUGACUUCUUUAUGGAGUGAGUAUUGCUUUACGCCGCUUUUAGAAAUAUUAAAGCGUUCUCUCGUCACGCCAAAGACCCGGGUUCGAUUCCCGAAAUGGGUACAACGCGUAAAGCCCAUAUUUCCUACACACAGAGCGCUUGCUGAAUGACAUCACAGGGCAGCUUUGUUCAGAAGAUAAAGAAGCACAACUAGUUUACCAUUCAACUGACCUUGACCUGCAAUGAAGAUAGCUUAAGACCGCGUAAGUGCUUCAUUCCAAAAAUAAAAUGUCCAAAAAUCA